AUGGGUUUCAACUUCAUCUCUCUCCUUUUUCUUCCACUUCUAUCAGUGUUCAUCUUGUCGGGAUCCGAGCAGGCCUUUGCUUCGGACAACACACUCCUCGUGAAUACCAACCACCGCAACAGCACGGCGGCCGGUGGGUUGUCGUCACUGAGGGGGAAGAAGCAGAGAAGUGGAUGUAACUUAUUCCAAGGCCGAUGGGUUUUUGAUGCUUCUUACCCUUUGUAUGAUACAUCCUCGUGUCCUUUCAUCGACGGCGAGUUUAACUGUGGCAAGCGACCUGACAAACAGUUCCUCAAGUACUCAUGGCAACCUGCAUCUUGCAGCAUCCCAAGGUUCGACGGUGCGGCGUUUCUGAGGAGAUGGAGAGGGAAGCGAGUCAUGUUCGUGGGAGACUCACUGAGUCUGAACAUGUGGGAAUCGUUGGGUUGUAUGAUACAUGCGUCGGUACCAAACGCCAAGUACACUUUUCUCAAGCGUACCCCACUCUCUACUAUCACAUUUCAGGAAUAUGGAGUGACGUUAUAUCUAUACAGAACACCAUACAUAGUGGAUAUAUCCAGAGAGAAAGCAGGACGUGUGCUUAACCUUGGGGCUAUUGAAGGAGGUGCUAAUGCUUGGAAAAACAUGGACGUUCUUGUCUUUAAUUCUUGGCAUUGGUGGACUCAUAAAGGAAACUCUCAAGGGUGGGAUUACAUUAGAGAUGGGUCGUCUUUGAUGAGAGACAUGAACCGUCUGGAUGCUUUCUACAAAGGACUUAGCACUUGGGGUCGAUGGGUUGACCAAAAUGUCGAUACCACCAAAACCAAAGUUUUCUUCCAAGGCAUUUCUCCCACCCACUAUGAGGGAAGGGAAUGGAACGAGCCAAGAAAGAGUUGUACUGGACAAAUGCAGCCGUUAGGUGGAUCAAAUUACCCAAGUGGCCAGCCUGCAUCAGCCGGAGUUGUGUCCAAAGUAUUGGGAGCGAUGAAAACGCGUGUGUACUUGCUUGAUAUCACCACUCUGUCUCAGCUGAGAAAAGAUGCUCAUCCAUCUACAUUUGGUGGCGAUGGAGGAAAUGAUUGUAGCCAUUGGUGCCUCCCAGGGCUGCCAGAUACUUGGAACCAACUUCUCUACGCAGCUCUGUCGAUGUGA